AAAACAUCUGGGGUGUAGCACAAAGAACAAUCCACCCCAAGGGUUCAAUACUGCAGGUACGCCUGUCUACGCCUCUGUGUACAUGAAGCGUUAAUAAUAAUUCUGUGUUAGCAUAGAUGGUUUGUCUAGACUUGCACACCUGUGUAACAGAUACAAUGAGAGACGUAGAGAGACGCACUAAAUACAAAGCCUAGCCCUGAAGUUUCUCUGCUCGUACAUUUCAACGAGACUUUAAUUGGAGAUAUAGUACGUGACGCAUACAGGAAUGUAAGGAAUUCUGCAAUGACCUCAUGGAACUAAAACAUUUAAGAAAUGGGUGGUAUUUACUUAAUAGCUCAAUAAUUAUGGAAAUUAGCAGGACAUAUAAAAAAACUAAACGACAACUUCGACACAGAGACCUGCAGAGCCGGCACAAUGGAGAGCAAAGAGAAACAGCAAACCUCGGACACUCAACAACCCUAUGAUUCAACGAGGUAUCGAGGACAUUGGCAAGCCAGACAGUGCCCAAAACAGGUGGGUGCCAAAUGGGGCUUUAACACAAAGUCAUUCAGAACUUAACCAGCGUAUAUUGAUUCUGAAAUCUUAUCUAACCAAGUGCAAUAUAGUCCUAAUGCACCUGUCAUGGGUGAUGAUAUAUUUCCUACCUGUUCUAUGUUACAUUUUGUAUAUACGGUGUAUUAAUAUUGUUUUCGUAUUUUAUUGAACCCUAUUGUAUCAAUGCAAUGUUUUGUGGACCCAGGACAUAUUUGAAAACGAGAUAAAUCUCAAUGUAUCCUUCCUGGUAAAAUAUGUUGUAAAUAAAUAAAUAAUACUGAUAUGUAUGUAUAGAUUUCAAAAUACUAGGAACAUAGUUUCAACUGAUCUGCACCAGACAUUCCAAAGCAGAGAGCAGGGGGCCGGGAGAGAAUGGUGGGGGGCACAGAACAACUAGAGGAAAGGGUAAGUGAAGGAGAGGGGGCAAUAGAGACACAUACAAAGAGAAAUGAGAGCUAUUGAAAGAGUAAAGGGGAAAAAGGAGAGAGAGAUGGUGUACGAAAAAAGAGUCAGGAACGAAAGCAAAAAAGGGGAGAGAAUGGAACAGAGAUUAAAAAAAAUAUAUGAAUAAAUGUAAAUAGCUUUAUUUUGUAGAUGUUCUUAAAAAGCAAUCUUUUCAUAUAAAGAAAAGAGUUUGAAAUUGAAGGAGUUAGUUUUAUUUGAGCUAUACACGUGAGAAUAUGGAUCCCUCCAUAUCUCUUCCUGCAAGUCAGGUCUCUUUGGUAAAGGACGUAUUUAUCAGUUACAUGAGGAAACAAAUAGACGUAUAAAACAUGUUAUGAUUGAAUUUGAUUCAUUAAUAUCUAUUUUCUGUUUUGCUUUUUUUUUCUGUAAAGCAUCAAGCUUUUACAUUUAUUCCUCGGCCUGGGUUCGAAGACAGAGGAGACCUGAAAAACAAGACGGGCUGUGGAACCGGUAAAGGAGAUGGCAAUCAAGAAUUUCAUGUAACAAGUGGGCCUGACAUUAUAGAUGGCAUGUUACCCCGUGCGCCAAUUUACCGGUAUUUCCUUUCAGAAAAAGAUAAUUAUUUGAAAUCAUCUGAAGUGAAAAGUUCAAGAAGCGACGGGUUUUCUACAAGAAACCACGUCAAAGCAGCCGCUUCCGAUACGGACUUACCCAAAAAUGUGGAAGAAAUCUCACAACAAGCAUUUAAAAAACAUUUGGAAAUUAUCCGAUGCACUUUUCCAGUCAAAAAUGAAAAAUACUUAUAUUUCCGAAAUAUCAAUCAACAAGAUAACCGAAUGUAACGCGCUUCCCUGGAGUUUCUGAGGAUCUGCUAAGCUUCCUUUGGAAUAAAUGAUUUGCAGUGUCCAAGGACUCAUCUUCUCACACUUCUUAACCUGCUUAAACCAGGCUUGUCAACCUCUCAGCUGUCAAUGGACUACAACUCCCAAAAAUCUUUAAAUGCUAUAGAUGAAAUACAACUCUCAUGAUGCUUUGCUCAACAACAUCGGGAGUUUGAAAAUGCCGGCUUAAACUAUAUAAACUGCUAGUUUCUCUUUAACACUGACCAUUAAUGCAUGAAAUCUGCUGUUUAUUUAAAAUAUCUAAAACAAUAUAUAAAAAACCUCACCUGAAGAAAGAUUCUAGCUUGGAAGGAAUAAGCUAAGCACCAAAACAACUUUCCUCGCCACACCUCCUCAGAGCUGCCAACAAACAUGAGGGGAGAAUCAAGAUGGGGCGGCAGGACACUGACCCAACCCACGUCAUUAGCGACAAAAAUUAAAAGCACCGUCCACUGACAGUCUACCUGGUCGGAACCCAACUUUCAGGAACAUACAGGGAGUGCUGCUGAAGCUGCAUGGUCGUAGUGCCCACUUCCCAAAGACAGAACUAAAGUAGGACCCUGACAUUGGGACUGCCCUGUUGCAAUCAGGACUUUUGGGAGGUUUGCCUCCACUGGCUGUGACUCAAACAGCCUCCGUGAACAAAAGGUUUAAUUUUUUCCAUCACAGUGUGUUUACUUUUUAAGUUUUUAACUUCUGCUUUGUUGGACUUUAAUAAAAGGUGUAACAUAUAAUAUAAAAUAAUAAUAUAGAAAGUUUAAACAUUAGAUCUCACUUUGCAGGAAGUGUUUAGGAAGGCUGUGCAGGUUACAUGCAGGGAGGUGUGGCAAUGGCGGUAUAAACAAAGUGAAAUAACUCCUAAAUGACAGAGAAUUGAGCAAUGUGACUGCAGAGAAAUGAUCUAUACACCAACACUGCUUCAUUAAGCUAAAGUUGUUUUGAUGUUCCUUCUCAUAUAAGAGCAUUCAUAAUCGAUUCAUUUGUUUGCAGAAAUUGAAAAUGUGUAUCCAGUCAUAUCCAGACAAGUCCCUUGCAAGUUCACAGAUAAAGGUAGUUUAGACACACGGGAAAGUGAACAUAUAAAGUAAAUUAACACACAAACAUAAAAGAUAAAAAAAAGUGUGUGCAGUACAAACAGAGGGUUAUAUUACUGGACAUGCAGACCAAUCACUUAGAUCCAAUGUGCAGAGGUAAAGAGUACUUGCAACCAAAUCCACAGUCAUUAAAAUGAGAAGGCGAGGAUGAUUAGAGGGAUUAUUCGUGGGUUUUUAAUUCUUUGUGGAGGAAUAAGAAUUGUUCAUUUUAGGCCACGAUAACCAAAUUAGAAUAAUUCUCCAAAUCUGUUAUGUUUUUAGAAAAUUCCCAAUAAUUCACAAUUUCAUUAAAAGCUAUGAGAAAAUGUUUGCAUUGUCGAUAGAUGCAGUUUAUAAAAAAGUAUUAUGGUAAAUAGAAGAGAAAUAUAUAUAUUUUUAUAAAAACUGGUUGUUUUUUUCUCUCUUUUUAUGUAUCAGUUACAAUGGUAGAUCCUUGUUAGAAAAACAAAUCUUAUGUUACUUCCG